CAAUCCCCAUCCCACCCGCCAGCACCAUCCCAACACCGCCAACGACCAGGCCAAGUCACCGGGGCUCGAACUCAGCAACACUACAUCGACCAUCGACCAGGCCAAGUCACCGGGGCUCGAACUCAGCAACACUACAUCGACCAUCGACCAUCAACCAUCGACCAUCAACCAUCGACCAUCAACCAUCGACCAUCAACCAUCGACCAUCAACCAUCGACCAUCAACCAUCGACCAUCGACCAUCAACCAUCUAUUGCUGCCAUGGUCACAGCGACAGAGCCUUCAAGGGAAGCCUCGAGCAUCAAUGUGCUCCUGCAGGACUCGGUCUCGUCCACGGCCACGCAUCGGAAGAACGCCGUUCGGCUCAAGAAGCUGCUGCUGAAGCCAUCCACGUCGGUGCCGGCUGCUCUCGAGUCCCUCUGGAACGCCAUGCGCCUGGUGCUGCUCAUGAAGAAGGGCCAUCCACAGGGAGAUCGCUUUGUCAAGUUCUUUGAGACCUUUAUGCAGGAAGGAGACGACAGCGACGAAAAAAUGGCCGAGAUCCGAUCAAAGGUUGCCGAGUUCUGUAUCAACAAACUGUACCCGGGCCUCAUUGCCCGCGACCGAGUCGUUCGCUUCCGUGUCUGUCAGAUCCUGUCUGUGCUGCUCGGUCACCUCAGUGAGCUCGACGACGAUGUCUAUGUUCCGAUGAGAAACAAUCUGCUCCAGAGAACUGUGGACCGCGAUACAAACGUUCGCAUCCAAGCACUCAAUGCCGUCUCCCUUCUCCAGGGCUCUGGGGACGAAGAAGAGGAGCAGCUUAUCCGAGAGCAGCUUUUGCAGGUGCUCUCCUCCGAUCCGUCUGGGGACGUGCGCCGGACGGCCUUGAUCAAAAUCGACCUGGACACGACCACAUUGUCGCAUCUGCUCGAGCGUAUCCGCGAUCAAGAGACGACGGUUCGAAAGGCCUUGCUCCAGCGACUUGCCGAGGAUCCCGAUCACCUGGCGAUGCUGACGCAUGCUCAAUGGGACACCCUGCUUGCCUCGGGGCUGUUUGACCGCGAUGAGAGUGUCAAGGCAGACUGCGAGAAUCUGUUUGCAAAUGUAUGGCUCCAGGGCCAAGAACAGCGCCUGUUUGAGUUCCUCUCCCAAAUAGACGUCAUGGAUCCCGAUUCAAGCGCACCCGCUGCGCUCACGACGUUCUUCAAAGUCCACAAGGACAAUUGGCUCAAGUCGUACCAAGAGUCGCUUUGGGACAACCUCUCGGUCGAGCGAGCGUUUUUCUUGCGACAUUGCAUUACCUUCUGCACAGAGAACGAUCUCGAAAACGAGCUCGACACCAUUCGCCCUUCACUGACUGCGGUGGUGGAGAUGAUCAAGAAGCACUUCAAGGCUGUCAGUCAAGAUACUGACGACGAAUCCCGUGCUGAGCAAGAGUUUAUCAUCUCCCAGCUCCUCGUCAUUGCCGAGCAUCACGACUUUAGCGACGAAGUCGGUCGACGGAACCUCCAAAACUGCUUCUGCGAGUUGAUAUCAAUGUCGGAUCUCGAGCGAGAUUGCUUCCUGACCAUCAUCAAGACCAUCCAGCACCUCUCUAUCGAUGAAACCGAUUUUACCCGGCUAAUCAUCGAGCUGCUCUAUCAAAUCUAUGACCAAAUUGACGAAAAGUAUGAGGAUUCUCAGGACUCAUCCCAGGAGCCGGGCAGCUCGAUUAGCGAUCUGGAUGGAAAAAGGCGCACAUACACCUUUGAAGACUAUGUCAUCAUUCACAAGUGCCUCGACAUCAUCAGAUGUAUGAUGGAGUGUCUCCAAUCGGGCUUCCCGCAAACAGAAUCGAUGAAUGGCCUUCUCAAGAACUUUGUCUUGCCUGGCAUCCAGAGUGGCAACUUUGCGUUGUGGGAAGCGGGGCUCUACUGCCUUGGUCUGUUUUGUAUCUUUGACGAGUCACUGGCACAAGAGAAUGUGGCGCUGUUCAUCCACGCCUACAACACCGUAUCCAAGGACAUCAAGCUCGCAGCCAUGAAGAUUCUAUUUGACUUGAUUCUCCGCCACGGGCACACCAAGUUCUUGACGAGCGAUGUUCUUCAAGUCUUCCAGGAUGCGAUGGAGUCUGAAGACCCGGAUGUCUUGACCCUUGCUGUUGAAGGCGUCGCCAAGUUGAUGAUGCUCAAAUGCACAAAGAGCCCCGAACUCCUCCAGGCUCUUGUGGUGCUCUACUUCCAUCCACUCACCGCGUCCAUGAAUCGCCUCAAGCAGUGCCUAUCGUAUUUCUUCCCGGUAUUCUCGCACUCGAAUCACGACAACCAAAAGAUUGUCUCGGAGGCGUUCUUCCCCAUCCUCAAGACCAUGAUCCCUGUGCAUCAGGGCAACAAAGACAUGAUGAUCCCGCCGCUGCAGAUUGCCCAUCGAAUGAUCGAGUGGACCGACGUACGCAACCUCGCCAAACAAACCCCGGACGUCAACCGCGAGCUGCAUGCCGACAUUGCACUCGAUGUUAUCACAAACGGCUGCUACGAAGAGGAAGUCGAGCCUUCGGCGCUGAAGGUCUACUGCCAAAUCCUCGGCAAGUUUUACAUCCCCUCGGAUAUCUCGAAAGUCAAGCUGAAUCGCCUGCGCGUCGAGGUGGCGAAGCUCAAGGAGAUCGUCAAGGACAGCGUGGCCCUGAAUGCGCUCAAGAAAUUUACGGCCCAUCUUAUCGAGAUCGAAGUUGCAGGAGCCAGCGCCACGGAGCGCGACAACGAUGCCGAGGACGCACACGAAAUGAUGGAUAUCGUCAGGGAUCUGCGCUCCGACAAGGACGCUGGACGCGCCGCAUCAAGCGGAGAAGAGUCGGACGAUUGAGACCUUGCUGCAGAAAGGCGAUGCACCUUGCGACAGCAUUGUCGGCCGCUCAGCCUUU